UACCCACUUCAUUUCACCUCUACGCGAUCACGAGCCGCGUUAACUCCUCGUGCCGAAGUUUGGCUAUUGCUACGAACGUGAGAACUUUAUGACGAGCUGAAGUAGAAAAAUAAAUAUGUGAACGAACAACGAUUUCCACUUACAAUCGACCUUCAUUACGUAUUAUUACAUUGCUUGGCGAAUCAAGCAAAACGAAUAUAGAGGUAGUUUGAUUCUGCUACCAACGCUCUACGUAGUGUUCGAUCGUAACCAUUUUGAAUGUUGCAGGAAGUAAACUCAAUCAAAUCGGAACAGUAAAAACUCGCGUGGCUCUCUAAAUGGAAAACCUCCCGCGGUUCGGCGACCUACAGAAUCGCCGAAGCUCAUUAUUCAGCGGUGUUUACCAGCGGCACAGCUGCGUUACGAGGAGCGGCGCUGCAUCUGCGUCAGCGCCAGCUGUGUUCGCGGCGGCGCGCAGCAACAGUGCUCCCGAAGUGGUGCGCGCGGACGGUCACAGAAGCAUCGCCGUCGCCGCCUCGAGCUCGUGCUCGCGCCGCCGACCCAAGAUGGAGUCGACGGUGGCGGCGAAGGCCGGUCCGCUGCAGCAGCAGGAGCAGCGCUUCCGCGCCGACAAAAGUAUCGCAUACAAGGCUCUCGGCGAAGCACCCUUGAGCAGCGAGGUCCCGGCCCACUCGGUUGCGGGCCUCGGGCUCACUGACAAGCAGAUCGUCUAUCAAAACCCCGAGCACUGCGCCAACAGUUUCCCAACUUUCGAGCACAUCAGGCGCCAGGGCAAGCUCUGCGAUGUCACUCUCAAAGUCGACGAUGAAAGUUUCAGCGCGCAUAGACUAGUCCUUGCAGCCACCAUACCAUACUUCAAUGGCAUGUUUCUUAACGAUAUGGCCGAAAGUAAACAGAAAACAAUAACCUUGCAAGGAUUUGAUUCGACGGCGCUAGAAGCUUUCAUAAACUAUGCGUACAGCGGCCGCAUAAUAUUGACGAAUGACAACGUUCAAAGCAUUAUGAUCGGCGCGUCAUUCCUCGGGCUACUGCAAGUGAAAAAUGCAUGCGCCGACUUUCUCAAGUCGCGAUUUCACCCCCACAAUGUCCUAGGGAUCCGCAACUUCGCGGAUAUGCUCAGCUGCACUCCUCUUCUCGACCAAUCCAACAAAUACAUACACCGCUACUUUGAAGAUGUUUCGCAAUCGGAGGAGUUUCUCGGGCUUCCAUUCGAUGAGCUCCGCGAUCUCGUCAGCAACGACGACCUCAACAUCAGUUCCGAGAAAGAAGUAUUCGAAGCCGUAAUCCGAUGGCUUAAACACGACGCUGAGGCUCGUAAAGAUAAACUGCCCGAAUUAUUAGCCCUCGUAAGGCUGCCGUUACUUUCUCCGGAGUACCUUGUCGAUUGUGUCGCCAAGGAGGAGCUGGUUAGGUCUUCUCAUCAGUGCAGAGAUUUAUUGGACGAAGCUAAAGACUAUCAUCUUAUACCUAAUCGACGAUAUCUGAUUGACAAUAUAAGAAUACGACCACGGUGUAAUUUCGUAAUGGGGCACAUUUUUGCAGUUGGUGGAUUAACAAAGUUUGGAGACUCUCUCAGUACCGUUGAAGUUUUCGAUCCGUUCACCGGAACGUGGCAAAAAUCGGAAGCGAUGACGACCCUUAGAAGUCGAGUUGGAGUAGCCGUACAUAAAAAUAAAUUAUACGCUUUCGGAGGCUACAACGGUUCCGAACGACUAUCAACAGUUGAAGUGUACGAUCCAUAUAAAAAAAUUUGGAAAAUCAUAGCUCCCAUGCAUUGCAAACGAAGUGCGGUUGGAACGGCGGCUUUGAAUGAUUAUAUAUAUGUUUGCGGUGGCUAUGAUGGUGUAACUUCUUUGAAAACAGUUGAGAGGUAUUGCCCAGAUAGUGAUAAAUGGCGGAUGGUUUGCUCCAUGAAUAAGCAUCGCUCUGCUGGCGGAGUUGUUGCUUUCCAAGGUUAUAUUUAUGCUCUGGGUGGACAUGAUGGCUUGUCAAUUUAUGAUUCGGUCGAACGAUACGAUCCUCGAACUGAUACUUGGAUGGUUGUGAAACCAAUGUUAACUAGAAGGUGUCGUCUAGGAGUUGCUACAUUAAAUGGAAAACUUUACGUUUGUGGAGGAUACGACGGUUCGACAUUUUUGCAAUCUGUGGAAGUUUAUGACGCCAAAACUGACACGUGGAGUUACGUGGCAUCUAUGAAUGUAAUGAGAAGUCGUGCCGCACUUGUUGCAAACAUGGGAAAACUCUGGGCUAUUGGAGGAUACGAUGGAAUUUCAAAUCUUUCGACUGUUGAAGUAUAUGAUCCAGAAACAAAUAUAUGGAUAUUUGCGCCAUCAAUGUAUGCCCACGAAGGGGGAGUUGGUGUCGGUGUUAUAACGCUGUGAUAAAAACGUUAGUGAAGUAACUAUACGUUUACCAGUCAUUUUCUAUUCAAGAAAUCGUACUUUAAUAGAUUACCAUAUCUAUCUUAGCCUAUAACAUGUCAAUUCUAUUGGUGCUUAGCUGGACAAACUAGUAUUCAUUGAGAAUAAUAACAUAGUGUUUGAAAAUUACCAGACUUUAAUCUCUGGUUAUAUUUGCAUUUUUAAAUAAAGUUGCAAACUUUUACUUUUUAUUCGGGCUUUUAUCGUCGUAUUUUUAUCUAAGUUAACCUUUAGCGUUAAUUUUAUACGUGAUCGUUAAAAUUAAUUUACUUAAAAUUAAUCUUUAUUUCCUACUUAAAACGCGCUAUCUACUCCUUUCUACGUAUAAUUUUUUAAUUCUUAAAAAAUUUAAUCAUCAGCAGUGAGUUAUCUAUGAAAAGAAAUUAAAAAAUUUUGAUGACAGUCAUAUAUUUUAAUGACAAAAUAUACUUCUCUUAAUAAUAAUGUAUAAGA